AGCCACCAUGUGGUUGCUGGGAAUUGAACUCAGGCCCUCUGGAAGAGCAGUCAGCGCUCUUAACCGCUGAGCCAUCUCUCCAGCCCCCAAAUGUCAUGAUCUUUAAAACCCUAUUUUCAUGCUAUAAAAAUAUAUGGGCCUUGAGAGUAUACGAACCAGCACUGCACAGAGGCAAGGAGGAAAGCACAGGAUCUAGGUGACAAGAAGCACCAACACCAGAGAACAAGACAAGGCUGACUACCCACCCAAUCAAAGGGAAGACAACAUUUUGCUGUUUCUGAUUUCCUAUGAAGUCUGGUGGCCAGAACUGAGAGGAAGAAGGCAGAUUUACUGAGGUUGGGACAAAUAGUCUGUAGUCAUCCCACAAUACUAUCUAAAGAAGGGGUGGGGCUGGAGAGAUGGCUCAGUGGUUAAGAGCACUGACUAAUGCUCUUCCUGAGGUCCUGAGUUCAAAUCCCAGCCACCACAUGGUGGCUCACAACCAUCUGUAAUGGGAUCUGAUGCCCUCUUCUGAUGUCUGAAGACAGCGACAGUGUACUUAUAUAUAAUAAUUAGAUCUUUAAAAAAAAGAAAGAAAAGGGCAAUUUAGAUUCAAUUUAGUUUGUGGUAAAAAAAAAACAAAAACUAUGUUAACUCCAGGGCUUCAGCUAGAGCCUAGGAUGUGACCAAAGUCGUCUUUUGCUUGGAAAAGUCUUCAGCUAUUCUAGACCCUAAUCAUCUGCCCAAACCUUGCUUGUGGAGCUGGGACACGCCUCUCUACCUUUCUGAGUCUGGGCCUAUUCCUUAUACAAUGUCCCCUGAGGGAACACUGAGCUGCCAUAAAUGCAGUGGAUGGAAUAAUGUGGGCUGUGUCCCCAUCCUGAUACCACAGGCUCCUACCACUCAGCACACUCUGCCCUCCACAAUGGAACAUCCUCAAUACCCAGACAUAUUCCAUUUGUUGGAAUCAGGCUGCGUUCUAGAACCUUGCCCUCUCCAAUGCCUUCCUCACUCUGGAACACACUGCUGUUUCCCACAGGACAGCCUAGCAUGGCAGGAUUUUGCUGGCCCUGGACAGUGACUUGAGAGCAGGCUGUGAGCAGGAUGCGCUGGCGGGACCGCUUAGCUGUGUUAUACUUCCCCCCAGGCCUGAUGCUCACUAUAGCUGCACUCAUUCUCUUCUUCAUACACAUGGGUGUCUUUGCUAGUGAUGUUCACAACUUCUGUGUCAUCUACCACUACGACCGCAUGAGCUUCCCUUACACGGUUGUACUGAUAUUUUCCCAGGUGAUCAGCAUCGGCUGGGCUGCCAUGGGGUCACUCUACGCAGAGAUGACUGGUGACAAGUUUCUUAGAUGCUUUGCUUUGACCAUCCUGAGACUCCAGGUCCUAAGCUGGCCCAAACAUGAGCAAGGGCUCAGGAAGGACCUACACGGAUGUGAGGGUUCAUGAGCGGGUCCAGAUUGGGAUCACUGUCUGCUGCAGCCCGGCCGAGUCGAGACAUAAGGGCGAGGAGCGCCAGGAAGCCCAGCAGCCCCAACAGGAGCAGCAGUCCUGCCCGCUGGAGCAGAGUCAGUGGCCGCUUCCGGGACCCAGCCCGGCUCCUAAGAGGAAUGAGAGAAAAGUCAGGUCAGGCCCUGGGUCCCUGCCCUGGCACAGGGAGAAGCCUUAGCCACUGCCUUUGUGGACUGGAACUGGUCACCCUGCACUCCUGUAUUCACCAUCAUAUUGUGUUAUUAUGAAGCUUGAAUUAGUAGGACACAAAUUAUCCUGGGAGCCUGAGUAUGUUAAAUAUGAGGGACACUUAGAAAAGUCAGGUGGCACCCCAGCGGGAAGGGGCCUCAGAGCCCAAACCCUUUAUAGGAGGAAAGGGCAGAGCCCCUGGGGAGGACAUGAUACACCAAAGUUGCCUGUCAAGCCAGGGCCUCACUGUGGCCCCGGCACUGAAUGUUGUUUGUCACCAGAACAAGUUCCAGUGUCAUCAAAUUGU